AUGAUUGGUGAUUAUGUGCGUUGGCCAAAUGGAAUUGUACCAUAUACUAUUUCAUCAGGUUACAGCUUUGAUCAUGAACAAUCACGACCAGAUCGCGAUGAUUACGUCAGAGUCAUUUGGGAGAAUAUAAUACCAGGUAUGGAAGGCAAUUUCCAAAAAUAUAGUAUUAGUCAAGCGAACACUUUGAAUACACCUUAUGAUUAUGGAUCCAUAAUGCACUAUGGUAGAGACUUUUUCAGUAAAAAUGGUUUCGAUACUCUCGUGCCACUUAAGUCGGAUGUCACAAUAGGACAACGUGACACUUUAAGUCCGCUUGACAUCAAAGCAAUUCGAACUUUUUAUGGUUGCUCGGUACCUACAUCUACAGCGACUACUACCACCACUAGGACAUCCACAACCACUACUACAAAAUCUACGACCACUACUACAAAAUCUACGACCACUACUACAAAAUCUACGACCACUACUAGUACUACAACCAUCACUACAACUACAACAACAACAGUAACUACAACAACUACAACAACAACAGCAAUUACAACAACAACAGCAACUACAACAACUAUAACAAUAACCACCAUUCAGGAAACCACUGUUCAGCCAUCCAGUACCAGAAAAGUUCCCGCUACUCCAUGCCAUACUAAGAAAAUCAAUGUUAAUAGGCGCAAGACUACAACACCGAAGACCAGAAGAACCACUAUUAAGAGAUUUCAUUUUUAUGAUUAA